AAAUAACUUCAUGGUUUCCAAGGAGAGCUCCCAACACUAGAGAACAAUCUGAAAAAAGCCGAUUGCCUCAGAGUAGCUGAAGAAUGACUGAUAACGCCCCUGCAGCUAACCUCACCACAACAGACGCACCAGCUGGUGGGCCUACCACGCCUCGCAAGGGACCCCCCAAAUUCAAGCAAAGGCAAACGAGGCAGUUCAAGAGCAAGCCUCCUAAGAAAGGAGUAAAAGGUUUUGGAGAUGAUAUCCCAGGAAUGGAAGGUCUUGGAACAGAUAUCACAGUGAUCUGCCCCUGGGAAGCUUUCAGCCAUCUGGAGCUUCACGAGUUGGCACAGUUUGGAAUCAUCUAAACCACCAAGAUCGCUGCAUGUGUGUGUCUGGUGGCAUCUGGCCCUCCAGAACAGUCUUCAUCACCUGUAACAUUUCUACCCCUCCACCCAAAAUUUUGGCAUUUUUCAUAACAGGCGGCUUUAUGGCGGGUAUGGUCCAUCCUGGGCAACUUUCUUUUCAGGUUAACUUUGCAAGACAUUAGGAAAGGCUGCUAAAAAUAUCCAACUGGCUCAUCAACUAUGAAUUAGGAUAGCGUCUAAACGUUUUCCUAUCAAAUAGCUUGUGCUCUUUUUCUUCCAAUAUUUAUCAAUGUGUGCAAAUUCUCCUUCUGUGAUCCAGGAUUCCUAUGUAUAUAUUUAAUAAAGAAAAAAAUCCUCACCCAUACUUUUCAUCUUGGAUAUUUUGUGAGUGUGUCUUCAUGGAUAGGCAAUCCUGGAUUUCUCCACAAUUUAACCCUGUGUUAAACCCCACUUUGAUAACUCUCCCAUGCAUACGUGCAAGUGGACACACAAGAUUAGAUGACAAUCCUGCAUAAUGCAUAGUCCAUAACUAGGAAUAUCCCAAGAGUUGCAAAACUAAUUACGUCUUGUGUCAGGAAAAGACUUUGGAGCCUGCUAAGUUCUAUGGGCCGUAUCACCACAUCAGCCAUAAAAAGCAAGGACUUUAUAGUCAUUGUCUUAAUUACAGGCUUAUCAUGGUAGCCAUUAGGUUCCCUUUGUUCUAUUAGAAAUAUAUAAAAGCAUUAUUUAUUUCUUAUCCUAUCUUUCCUUCCCCCUGAGUAAAAAAAUUAAUGAAAUCCGUUGCAGGGAGAGCAGGGAGAACAUGCUCUGUAUAAGUAAGAACCUAAGAAGCGCUGUGCUGGAUCAGACCAA